AUGUAUCUUCCGCGCCAGCUCAUCUCCCACCUAUACCUUCAACUUCUCCGAUCUCACCACCCACUUUCCCCACCAGUCUUGAUCCUCGUGGCACUCGAACCCGACGCGUUAUGUGCGUGCCGAAUUCUAACCGCGCUAUUAAAACGCGACUAUAUCCCUCAUAAAAUUCAACCUGUCGCCGGCUAUGGCGACCUUGCGCGCGCGGGGCAGGACCUUAUCCAGCCAAUGCAGACCACGAAUGGCGGAAGUGGAGGUGUGGUUGUGUGUCUUGGUGUAGGUGGUCUGGUUGAUCUUACAGAGAUACUGGCGUUGAACAACCCCGAGGACGAGGCGGAGGAUAUGGGAGGGGUCGACAUCUGGGUUUUUGACGCGCGCCGGCCGUGGAACCUGGGCAAUGUCUUCGGAGGUCAACCUGGGAUGAGUUCGGCAAUGACAGAGAUCGACACCAAUGCAUUACGGCGUGGGCGUGGGCGAGGGGUCGAUAGGGGGUGUAUAACCCCUGCGUACAAUUCGAAAAGUGGUGGAAUUGUCGUGUUUGAUGAUGGUGAUAUCGAGGAGGAUCUAGCCAAUGAACGAGAGGCAUACUACGCGCUUCUUGAGAUGCCCGAGGUAGACGAAGAUGACGAGAGUGACGAUGGUUCUUCCGGUGAGGCGGAAGAUGACGAAACACAGCCUGGCUCCAAGAAGCGCAAGUCGUGGUCGGGCCGUGAGGAUGAGGACGAUUCGGAUGAGGAUGACGAACCUCCUCGGCAAAGGAAACGCAGCAAUUCGGGUUCUUCAUUCGUCACAUCACCUAGUCGAGGAAGAAGAAAUGGGAUUAACUCGUCCAACUCAUCACGCUCUGUCACCCCCAGUGACUCCCCAUCGCCUAACGAACAAAAACAACCAUCGGCACGAUCUCUGAAGCGACGAUUAGUCCGACUCAAGAAGAAACACGAGGCAGUCUUGCAGAAUUAUUAUGCGUCGGGUACAUCAUACUCCGAGCCAAUUUCGUCUUUGAUCUACUCUCUAGCAUCGGAACUUGGUCGAGAAGACAACGACCUUCUCUGGCUUGCGAUCAUCGGCGUCUCCAGUUUAGAGCUCAGUGGUCGGACCAUGACUGGCGUGGGUAUCUCAAAUACCUCAGACUCCGGAGGUUCUGCCGGCUGGGGUGGGCAACGUGGAGAACACAUCCGACAGAUUAUGCGAGACGAGGUCCAUCGUCUCAACCCACCUGAUCCCUCGGAGCGAGAUCGAGAUAUCAGAGGCGAGAUUAAUGGUGUCAUUCCAACUACGGCUAGAUCUCCCACUGACACAUCAAUCCGUCUUUCUCCCGAGCCACGCUUCCUGCUUGUUCGCCAUUGGUCGCUCUACGAGAGUAUGCUUCACAGCCCUUACUUGGCCCCGAGGCUUCAUGUCUGGACUGAGAAUGGUCGAAAGCGACUGCACAAGCUAUUUGCCAAAAUGGGUGUCAGUCUAACCCAGUGCCACCAGUACUAUACCCACAUGGACAUGGAACUGAAGCGAGUGCUUCGGGGACGGUUGCUCAAGUACGCACCCAUGUACGGUUUGGAUGGUUUGGUUCCUCCGGAGCCAUCUGGAAAUUCCUCUUCCCGUGAGGGCUGGGGCUUUGUUCGUUGCUGGGGUUGGAAAGCAUGCCUCUCUGCCACGGACGUCGGUGUUAUUCUAGGAGCUAUGCUCGAAGUGGGCCCACACGAGACUACUCCUUCCUGGGAUGCAAAGCGCAUCCCACGACUACAGACGGAUGGUGAAAAUCCAGGUGUUCCUGGAGAAUCUGAUCUGGCCAGCCUUCUUCCCCGCUUCUGGAGUGCCUAUGACGCCCUUUCACUCACAUCGGAAUCCCCUACCCUUUUGAUGGAGGCAUUGCCCCUAGCUCAACAUCUUCACCGUGCGAUCCUUCGCACUGGCACAUCACUACUAUCUAAGCACCAAAUUCGGCAUCUUCGAGCAUUCCGCAUUGCGGUCGUAAAGGACGGACCUGAUGUCCAGCUUUUUACCAACCCUGGAGCUUUGACAAAAUUGGCCUUGUGGGUCGCGGAAGCCAUUCGUGUGCAAGAGCGUGAAAAGGGUGACUCUGUGAAGAUCGGGCGGAAGCGAGCUGCGGGUACCCCUCUUGUCCUUGCUGGCCUUGAUGAGGACCGUGAUCUUUACGUCGUGGUGGGCACCGGCGGUGGUGGCGGCGUGGUCGACUUUGCAGCCAUGUCGAAGCGUCAAGAAGAGCGUCGCAAGAAGAAAGAAAUUAAGGAGAAGAAGGACAAGGAGCGAGCGGAAAACCGAGCCAAGCGCGCUGCUGAGCGUGCUGAGCGUGCUGAGCGAGAUGACGAUGCCGAAGAAUCUGAAGACGAAUCCGAAUCGUCUUCUGAAUCAGAAUCCGAAGAUGAGGAAGACCCACGCGGCAAGAAGCAUCUGUUGCGCAACCGAUUCGGCAUUGCCUUCCAGGAGGUAGUCCAGGAGACCAAUGCUCGUGUCCGCAUUGAUAGCUUCGAGCACUGUGUGGUCGAAGUAGCCAAGGACGACCUCGGCGGUUUCUUGGAGGCACUGAGCUUCCGGAGUGUGGUGGGUUAA